AUCCAAUCAAUCGUCUGCUUUCAUUUUUUUUUUCCAGUCAAUGUUUUCUUCCUCUCAGCGACUUUUCAAACCUACUGAUGAAUUUACUCUUUUUUCGCUAUGGAAAAGCAAUAGAUUACCACUUCUCACUUCGCGUGUGUUUGCCAGAAGAUUUUCUUUGAAGACAGUCAGAUUGCAACAUGGCAAGCUACAUAAUCAGCUCUUUGAGGGCGCGAGCAACAAGCUGCUGAAACAGUUAAGCUCCGAAGAUGGCAAUCGAAAACAGCAGCGCGGACGAAAGCUCUGUUCCCGAAAGCAACACGGCGAGCUUCGGGUACAGGCCUCCGGAUCGGGUCGAAAAGGCUGGGGUAGACAGUGAGCUUCUCAGUCAAGUCCAGGUCAGUGAGGAGCAACGAGCCCAGGUGACACAGGUUUCCCAAUUUUUUCGCAGCCACCAAAAGGAGGCGCGGACAGACGCCGCGACGAGAUGUAUUGUUAACCGCAGCCUCUCAAAUUGGAGCGCGAAGCUCGGGAAGGAAUUGAAGCCGGUUGUCGAUGAGUGGAAACAGAUCAUCUCCCAGACAGCGAAGCUUCCGGGUUGUCCGGAGAGUUUCGCCGGCUUGUUAUACUUUACGGAAGGGCUCGACAAUAUAGCAACGAAAAACCAGGAGAAGACCACGCUGCUGCGAGUCCUCGCAGCGCAUGCCAAGGUUUCAAAAGAGGUUUUGGAUCCAGCAGUGCAGUUUUCGUCUCGACCGGUUCGAACCGCUUUCCUUUUGUUUCUGCUAGACAAGGUGAAGGAAGUUUAUCACUCUGUUCUCCGUAUUCAGCAGGAACUCGAUAAGUUUCACGAAGAGCUGACCGGCGACACGCGCUCGCGCAGGGAGCUUCUUGCCAUGUUGAUGCGGAACAAGAGCAGCGAUACGGUGCCCGGUCAGACGGAUUUCCAUCGCGCUGCGAUGCACGGAGAUGAGGCCGAGGUGCGUCGGCUUUUGGCGGAAUGGCCGAAAUUACGGCACUGGUCCGAUGAAGAGAACAAGAGGGCAGUAGACCUCGUGCCCGACGGCUGUCCAGACGUGCGCAAACUUUUCGAGAGCGCAGAUGCGGAGCAACGAAACGCAAAGACAGAGAACGGUACUGCGUUUAGUCCCGAGACAAACAGCCAGGACGCAGCCGGGUCCCUGGGCACGGAUAGCUCCUAUGGCUUCAGACUUCCGCGAGAAUUAUUCGAGCAAGUCCAGUAUUGUCAGAAGCACCUCCACCGCUUUCCAUUUUCCUGGAGAUACAACGGCGUCUACGGGAAGUGCUUGCAAAAGUAUGAUAACCACGAUGAUUACAAGCAGUGGUGGGACAAUCCCGAUAUCGAAAUCCUGCUCGACGCUGCGCGCCAGGAUGCCGAGGCCUACAACCACCACUGGCCUCCUCAGGAGAGGUAUCGCGGGUUUGCGCAGCUUCUUCGUGUGUUGCGCAUUCAGGGCGUGGAGCAUAUCUCGGAGGCCGCGCAGGAUUUUCUCGCAGCCCGGUGGACAAACGGAGACAAUCGGCCGCUGGAAAGUAGUACGAAAGGGUACCAGGGCGCUUGCGUCGCGUUUAUGUGCUCCGCCUUUCCGAACCUGCACCACCACCUGCGGGACGUAAACGAGGAGCGGCGGAAAUUCAUCGGCGAGUUCGGGUUUAACGACCUCCAUCUAGCCUGCUUCGACGGGGAUUCCCAUUUUGCGAGGAAGGUCUUCCAGGGCAUGGGUAACAACAUUGCGAAGAUUGGCCGACUCAUGGGCCAAAGGGACUACUCCGGAGAUCCACGGACUAUGAAGAAGAUUCUGGCGCUCUGGGAUGACGAACUGCCAGCGAACAAAUGCGGCGAGGCAGCGACGAUGGGCGAGUUUGCCCGCAGGUUUUCCUGUGUGGAAAAGAGCGAUGUGGAUGUGCAGCAGGAGAAAGACAAGGGCAGAACUCCUAGACAAUGGGCAGAGUUGCGAAUGAAGUGUUUGAAAGAAGAGCCGACGGAGUCACUGUCAGUUACAGAAGCAAAGGAGCUUGCACAAAAGAUAGAAAACAUGGACUGGAUAAUGUGGUUUCUGAAAGAUGCCGAGGCAGAGCAGGCUAAGGCCGCCGUCGAGCAAAAAGCCGCAAGACUGACAUCCGUCAAGUCUCCUCUAAAAACCCCGAAGAAAACAACAACACCUGGCAAAGGCUCGAAAGAGAACACGCACAGCCCCGACGACGGACACACGCUGCUGCCGGACGAGAAGGAGCACAAGGAAACAAAGGAGGAGCUAGACGAGCAGUUGUGGGCAUUGCAGAAACAGAUGGAAGAAGUACUGCGCAAAAGGGAGAACCUAGACCAGGAAGAGAGAGCACAACGGUCGGCAAGUUUGUCCCCAGAAAAAGCCUAAAAAAAAGUGUGACGGCCUGCUGUCUCACUCAAAGCGCUUUCUCGAUAUUCCAAACGUACGCGAAAAAGUUUAUCAGUUUGAUCUCCGUCCAUAUUUAUCAUCCCCCCCACCUCUGAUCAUGAAUCUCGAGCCGAAAAAGAAAAUUGUCGUGUUUUUCUUAAUGGAACCAG